AUGGAUAAGCGCCGGUACACGCAAAUCGGCCAAAGUUAUCUGGAAGAAAACUCUGCAAAUUCAGUUUCUGGGAGAGAGCCCGUGUCGGCCGCCAACUACGGCCAGCCACGGACCACCGGGCCUCAGCCCGGGAGACACAGUAAGGGUAACGCCGUGGCAGUUCGGGACCGGGUUGGGAAAGGGGGCAACGAGACUUGGCGCAACUAUAAAGAAAUCUACUACCUUCCGGACAGAGAGAUAUCGUUGGUGAUUUCUAGUAAUAACCGCCGUGUCCAUUUACGAAAGCUGGAUUUGAGAGCAGAAUCUUUAGCUCGUUUUGAAAUCGGUCGCGAUUCCAGCGCUGAAUCCAACAUUGUUGAGGUCGUGAGUGUAUUCGAUGUCUCGGGUCUUCACUAUAUCGUCCUGGAGGAGAUGCAAAUAAGCCUCAACCAUGUCGUGCAGUGUGCUCUCUAUCCGACGAACUCCGAACUGGUCGCUAUCCUGGUACAAAUCUUAGAUGGGCUAGUGUUUCUUGCGGAGCACAAUUUAGGACACGGGCGCCUUGACUGCCACACUAUCCUUGCAAACCUGCAAGGCCAUAUUAAACUUGCAAAUCAGGAAUACUUCCAAGAAAUGACACAGGAGAUUGGCGUGUCAAACGCGAGGGCUUUGCACAAAAUCGCACUAAGGCUGAUGUAUAAAGAUGAUCCACAUAUUAAAGAUCAACGUCGCUGGCAAAGUUUCCACAAUUUUGUUGACCAUGCCGCAUCAUCCGACUCUGCAGUCAAACUCCGCAAGGAAGGUGUUUUGAGCUCUCGCUGGACAAAGGAGUCACUCAUGGCACUUUUUGCUUUGGCUGAGGUGAAUAGUAAGCGACUUUACAGGGAGAUUUCAGAGGAACCCGGAAAGAGUUAA